ACCGUCGCGUGCGAGUACGAGACCAGUACAAGAUGUACGCUUGUGGAGAGGCAACCAAUCUCAGACAAGACUGUCGAAUUCAGGCAACUCCAUACCGGAAGUGACCGCAUGCGGAAUGACGCCGUCAAUUCUCGGACGGGCUCGUUUUCGUGUUCACGAGUCCUCGUUCGUUACGACCAGAACGAAUUCUUCGAGUCAAAAUAUAGAGCGACAGAACCAGGAUCUAGAUCUCUGCCACCGACUUGAGCGAACGUGAUUUGGUUGUUGUACACUCAACGUCGCAUACGCGCGCGCUCAACCUCGGGCUACCCAGUUCGAAGUGUCAUACGCUCGCGCUCAACUUCAGUCUGCUGCGCGCACAACUCCAAGUGUAGCGAGACUGCCACCAAAUUCAGCCAAUCACUGAGCUGCCGCUUGAAGUCCUCUGCUCUCAUUGGCUGAAACUCUCCACCAUUCACAAGACGCUUCACUGGACGGGGAAGGCGGGUCCUGUUGGAACUGAAUCUUCAAUUUAAAAAAAUGGCGCACGGCAAGGGGGGCACCCCCGCAGUUUUACUGGAUUUAUUGGACACACCAGUGUUCAGAAAAGGAGCCUGACAAUAACCAAUCACCUCCCCAUAACAUACUGAGACAUUAGCUGAUAGAAAGUCUUCUCGACAAACUGCAAGCGGCGUUGAGUCAACAACCAAUCAGCUUGGAUUGUAUGGACCUUCUACACACCAUGAGCUUCUUCUAUUUAGGGGACUGCAGAAUGUUGUGCACACCCACUGAUUCGAUUACAGCUUCAUAUGCAUCUCUCUGCCGAUAGCAGAUAGUCCCUGGGUCAGGAGUGUCUGCAACCACAUGUGGUGGAGCUGUUGCACCUCCAAAGAAGAUGAAAAGGAGCUGCUUUGAUGAUGGAUGUCUCUCAUGCACCACGUCGCUGGGAUCCAUUGUUGGAAAAUGGCACGGGAUACAGAUGUUUCCACAAGGACUUGUCAGCACAGAAACAAAGAAAAAAGAGGUCUGCACCCCAAAUAAAAGCAAUCAUCGCUCAUCAGGGUGUUGUCAACAGUGGAAAAUCCCCAGCACUUGGCAUCACUGAUCCUGAAGAGACUUGAAGAGCUGGGAAUUCCAUUUGAAGACAGCAGUGGGGACAGUCACAUGACAACAUGAUAGGAAAAAAUAAGGGGGCGUUCAAGGCUUUAAUUGAGGUGAGAGAGUCCCAAAGCAUGUCGCUAUGUGACUGCGCAGAUGCCAGCCAAGACAUUUGUUUGGAAAUGAAUGAGGUGCUUUAGGUCAGCAAAGCACCACUUUUCAUGUGAAGCAGUGAUGAUCACUGAGGAAGUCGGAGGUUGGUUUUCUUCAGGGUUGUUGUCGAUGCAGCCAUGUCAGCCUUUUCCCUAACCUGCCCUCAAAAACCACUUGCCUCCUUGGCAUUUAAAGUUUUAUGAAUGGAUAAGGAACAGUCAGAGAUCUUUCCCAACUACUGGACAGCGCUUUUACUCUAUUCACUCUGGCCUAAGCUUCCUGGAACUUUAACUUGUUAGUACUCUCUAGGUGAACAAUGUCACCGGAACGCAUCGCUAGCUUUACUAUCAUCAGCAUGUCUUUUACUUCAAGACAAGCCAGAAAGGUGAGGUUUUAGUUUUUUUUGUCGUGUAUUAUUUUCUGACUUCAAAGAUGACUGUAACACUGAUGUCAUUCCCACCUCUGAGGCAAAUGGAACGCAUUGGGUUCUGUUGGCAGAAGAUGUUUUUGUGGGUGGUCUUUGAUGAGAGGGAAGCUUCCCUGUCUGGACCUGCAUUUUUCUGGCUUGCUCUGGGGGAGACAGGGUCAAAUGAAUCGGCAAAAUGGAGUGAAAUGAUUUAUUCUGAAACUACAUUGUCUGAAACAAUUUAUGUCUCACCCUAUUCAGCACAGGGAUUGAGGUUUUAACUUUCUUCCGUCAAAUUUCAAUAUUAUGAAAUUAAAAGGCCUCAUAGCGCUUAUGCUAGCUUCCCCAAGUGAAGUCACUUUCCAAAUGCAAAAUGAAUAAAUCAUUGUUGUAAUUAAUAAUACGACAGCAGUUGUUCUUAGUGCAUGCUUUCAUUGUGACUUUUUGUCACCCCAUGCAGCUGAGCAUAAAGUGGCAUUGAGCACUGAGUAGUAAAGCCAAAGAUUGAACAACGAGUGCCAUCUAGUGUCCAUCAAAAGUUAGUACAUGAUCAUGGAGCCUCUUCAGCCCAUCAACACUGGCUUUCAACAGCACAUGGACCUCUCAAAUACGCAGUUGAGCAGAGAAUCUGGCUUUUGCAGAGCAGAAGGAACAAUGUGACAGGCGGAAUUCCAUGAAGUGACUUUACCUUCUCUGGCGACCUUCACUAGCCAGCAUGGAGCUAUGAUGUGAUGAUGGGCAAGUCAGAAGAAAACAGUCAAGACAUCAGGAUGAGAAUUACAGGCUGCACAAAUCUGCUUCAUCCACGGGCUCAAUUUCCAGGGUGUUGAAAUCCUUAACAUAAGAAGCACUUUGCGUGUCCAGGAUCAUGUUGCCUGCAUCCUUCACUGUUCUCUUCAGCCUUUUAUACAUCUGCCAGCUGAGGCGAGCCGACACUCUGGAUUUCACAUCAGGGUCUCGUCUUCGCCAAGAGGACUCCCCUCCCCGCAUCGUCGAGCACCCCUCUGACCUGAUUGUUUCCAAGGGGGAACCAGCAACUCUCAACUGCAAGGCAGAGGGACGUCCCGCCCCGACAGUGGAGUGGUACAAAGAUGGGGAGCGAGUGGAGACGGCCUUAGACAACCCCCGCUCCCAUCGCAUGCUCCUGCCCAGCGGCUCCCUCUUCUUCCUACGAAUCGUCCACGGGCGGCGGAGCAAGCCUGACGAUGGCAGCUACGUGUGUGUAGCACGUAACUAUCUGGGCCAGGCCAUCAGUCACAACGCUUCGCUCGAAGUGGCAAUUUUACGUGAUGACUUCAGACAGAACCCUGUUGAUGUUAUGGUCGCCGUGGGUGAGCCUGCAGUCCUGGAGUGCCAACCACCGAGGGGACAUCCUGAACCCACCAUCUCCUGGAGGAGAGAUGGCUUGAGCUUGGACGACCGAGACGAACGAAUCACAAUUCGCAGUGGCAAGCUAAUGAUCACCAACACCAGGAAGAGCGACGCGGGGAAGUACAUCUGUGUCGGAACCAACAUGGUCGGGGAGCGGGAGAGUGAGAUCGCAGAGCUCACGGUUCUGGAGCGGCCAAACUUCAUGAAGCGGCCCAGCAGCGUGGUGGUCCUGGCAGAUGAGAGUGUGGAGUUCCACUGCGCGGUUCAAGGUGACCCGGUUCCCACUGUCCGAUGGAGGAAAGACGACUCUGAGCUGCCCAAGGGAAGAUCGGAAAUCUUGGAGGACCACACCUUGGUCAUUCGUCAGGUGACUUCUGCAGACGAGGGCUCCUACACGUGUGUGGUUGAGAACAUGGUGGGGAAGUCAGAGGCAUCAGCCACACUCACCGUACACGUGCCCCCAGCUUUUGCUGUGCGCCCAAGGAACCAGGUGGUGGCAGCGGGCAGGACAGUCACCUUCCAAUGUGAAGCCACUGGCAACCCACAGCCCGCAAUCUUCUGGCAACGAGAGGGAAGCGAGAGCCUGCUUUUCUCCUACCAGCCGCCGCAGCCUUUUAGCCGACUGUCUGUGUCCCAGAUGGGCAGUUUGACUAUUACGGAUGCUCGGCUCUCUGAUGGCGGCAUGUACAGCUGCCAGGCUCUCAACAUAGCUGGAAGUGUUAUUACCAAAGCACUGCUGGAGGUUACGGACGACGGGUCAGAACACCCUCCCCCUGUCAUUAGACAGGGCCCCAUCAAUCAGACAGUUCCUGUGGACAGUGCUGUGGUGCUGAGCUGCCAAACUGCUGGCAGCCCACCACCUACCGUCCACUGGAAGAAAGAUGGCGAGGAAAUGCUGCCUCUUGACGCCAGUUAUUCCAUCACAGAUGCCGGAUCACUUGAGAUCCACCAGGCCAAGCUGGGAGACUCUGGCUUGUACACGUGUGUAGCAUCCAGUCCCAGCGGAGAGGCAUCCUGGACUGCAUAUGUCAAAGUAGAAGAGUUUGGUGUUUUGAUCCAGAGCAACCAUCCCUCUGAUCCCCACCUGAUUCCAAGCGCUCCGUCCAAGCCUGAGGUCUCCAACAUUGGCCAAACGUCUGUCACUCUGUCGUGGAAGUACAGUCCCGGUGCGAGCUCUGCAGCCUCAUCGUACUUGGUAGAGGCUUUCAGCAACUCUCUGGGAAGCAGAUGGAUGACGGUGGCUGAGCAUGUCAAGACGCAGACUUUUGUCCUGAAGAAUCUGAAGCCUUCUACAGUCUACCUGUUCAUGGUCAGAGCAGUGAACGCGCAUGGCCUCAGUGACCCCAGUACCAUCUCGGAUGCGAUCAGGACACUGGAUGGGGCCUCCACCCUCCCUGGCAUGGACCAUCGUCACAUCCAGAGGGAACUGGGAGACGUGGUGAUUCACAUGCACACGCCCAAAGUUCUGUCUUCCUCAGCUGUGCGGCUGCAGUGGAUGGUCCAGCAGAAUUCCCCAUACAUUCAAGGAUACAAAGUGCUGUACCGGAUGUCAGCUGACCACGGGCAGCCGGAGGGGCAAUGGAGUGUCCUGGAUGUAAAGAACCCACAGGAGGAUGGGGCAGUGAUCAGUCAGCUGAAGAGAGGCUCCAUUUACGAGUUCAAAGUGCGCCCUUACUUUGAUGAAUUCCAGGGAGCUGACAGCGAGGUGAAGGUGGUCCGGACUUUAGAAGAAGCUUUGAGUACGGCACCACAGGAUGUUACAGUGACAAAGAGUGACUUUAAUGGAACCGCCAUCCUAAUUGCUUGGAAGCCGCCUCCAGUCCCAGAACCUGCAGUGAUUCAAGAGUACAAGAUUUGGUGUCUCGGCAAUGAGAGUCGCUACCACGUCAACCAGUCGGUGGACAGCUCCACCUUCUCCCUGCUCAUUCCCAGUUUGGCACCGGGGAUCCGUUAUCGGGUGCAGGUGGCAGCGAGCAAUGCAGCCGGACCUGGAGUCAGAAGUGAUGUCACCUUCUUCCAAUUAGACUCCAGCGGACAGAUGAUGGACAUCACUGAGGAGAAAGACACACUGACUCAUAUCUCUGAUGUCGUGAGGCAGCCAGCGUUCAUUGCAGGCAUUGGCGCCACCUGCUGGGUGGUGCUCAUGGUCUUCAGCGUGUGGCUGUACCGGCACAGGAAGAAGAGAAGCGGCCUCAGCAGCACUUACACUGGCAUCCGCAAAGUGCCGUCAUUCACCUUCACGCCAACAGUUGCAUAUCAAAGAGGCGAGUCUGUGUGCAGCGCUGGCAGGCCAGGCCUCCUCAGCAUGGGGGAACCGCUGAACCAGCUGUGGCUGCCUGAUAAUUGGCCCAACGCUUGCGCUAAUCACAAAGAAUGUAGCAUCAGCUGCUGCAACAACGGCAACGGCACCAGUGACAGCAACAUGACAACAUACAGCCGACCAGCCGACUGCAUUGCCAACUUUGGAAACCAUCCAGACGCCAAGCAGGGGAUGCAGCUUGGCUCGGAAACAGCCAUUUACACCGACGUCAACCACUCCAACAAGCUCAACGAAAUUAAGACGUUCAAUAAUUUCGGCCAAGUGAGUCCAGGGGGAGAUUCGGGAACAUACGAGCCCAUCCCUUAUGCCACCACGCAGCUCAUCCAGGCCGGUAUCAAGAACAAAGCAGCCACUGGGGGUGCCAUGCUAGAACCACAAGACAUGCAUUUCUGGAAGCAGCCCCCCAACCCGCCCCCAAUCCCCAAAGAGAUGGCAAACCAGAUGCAUUACAACAUAGUGGAGCAGGGCGGGAAGUUAAAUAACGACCAUCUUAAAGAGAGUGAGGGGGUAAUGCACCCAAAAAUCGUCAGCUACAACCAGACACGUGAUCACAGCACAGGAGGUUCACACCACAGCUCAGAUCGAGGGAGCAGCAGCACCUCAGGGAGUCAGAGUCAAAGAAAGGGAACGCGAGUCAUGAAGAAAAACCCCUCAGUGAGCUUUGGAGAAGGCCCACCCCCUCCACCACCUCACACCUGGAUUGGGGAUGAGUACAGCGUUCCACUGGACAAGAGUUUUGACAGCAAGAAGGGAGCGGAGGGCUGUCCUAACCCUCUUUCCAGAGCAGCUGUGCCCUACAGUGACACUACAGCGCUUCAGGGAGACCCGAGCACAAACCUGCAUAAUGGAGCUGGGCACCCUGGCCAGCACACGUACAGCUCCAUACCUGUCUGCAUGGACAGUGAUGGCCAGGAGGAAGAGGAGGAAGAAGACAAGGAAGAGGAGACACAAGCUGAGAUUCCUCAUCCUCAACACCACAACAAGCUAAAGCACAAACGCCCACUGCAACACCUCCAUGGGCUGGAGCAGACCCCAGCCUCCAGCACUGGCGACCUGGACCGCUCAGUGACUGGCUCCAUGGUCAACAGCUGGGGGUCAGCGUCGGAGGACAACAUAUCGUCGGGCAGGUCGAGCAUCGUCAGCACUUCAGAAGGAUCCUUCUUCACGGAUGGCGAUUUCAACCAGGGCGUGGCAUCUUCACGGGAUGUCUUAGGUCUGCGCAUGUGCCGGUACUCCGAGGAGUCGGGCUGGCAGCAGCAGCGACCCAGCAGCCCCAUGUCCACUGACAGCAACAUGAGUCCUGCGAUCACACAUAAGCGGCCGAAGAGACACAAACAUACGCUCCCUGGACAGCACGGCUAUCAACACUGCGACGUCUUCAAUGAUGACUCCUGUAUGCCCCUCAACUUCCCCAACCAGUCGUCCCAUGGCGACUAUCGAGUUCGAGGGGCCACGCUUCCGAGGAUGGGCUCUGGGGAGACACGUGGCCGACGGGGCAGCACUGGGACCCACAAGGUCAAAGAAGGCCUAUGUGAGCAGAAAGAAAGUCAGGACAAGUGCAGGAGUCCAGGAAAAGUUGGGAGACAGAACUCGGAUUUUGGGGACAUUCUUCUGUACAGCCGUCCCUCGUUUCCCUCGGGUCAGAGGGAGUCCAAUGACGGCUCGGCCAGCUUUCUACCAUGUGUAGACUCACGGACCAAACCAGGACAGGUGACCCCUACAGGACAGUUCCUGCAGAGCUAAGAAGAUUUGUGGUCAGUUACUGGCAGUCAAGUCAAACAAGGCCAAAUUUGGAGUGGAAUGAGAAAGACUUGCAGCACAAAAUGUCCUUUUUUUAAUGGUUAAAUGUUGGAAAUAAAAGCUCUCAUAUCUCUGUGUGUGGACAUCUUGGAAGCAAGUGAUGGACAAACCUGAAUAAUCCUGCACAUCGCCGGUCCUGGGUUCUUCGAAUGACGGCACAUUCACCUUCGCUGGGUGGUCGCCUCACGAUUCUCACUGUAACUGGGUGGUUCCCAGACAUCCUGUAAAUUGUCCGCGGCCACAGAAGUGCUUCAAAUUUUCUAUAGCAGUGUUAAUGUUUUGAAUAAGGUGAUGUACACGUAUGUAUGUCUUUGUAAUGUUUGUUCUACUUUGGUUAUAAAAGCACAAUCACUACAUUUUAUUAUUAUUAUUAUUAUUAAUUAUUAUUGUACAAGUCGUCUUUCCGAGGCUCACUGAUGUUUUCGUCAGUCGACUGAGAAAAUGAAUGUUGAUUCCUGUGAUUGUGCGUUCGAUCGCCAACAUUUCCAGCUGCUUUCAAAAGAAAAUAUUUGUUGUGUGUCAAUGAGAGAUUUGCAUGCAGAUUCUCCUCUUGGAGCUUUUUUCUGUCACAUUAGCGUUCCGAUUACUUUCUUCCUCAUUUUGCUGGAGCAUCAGGAGAGACUGGGUCGGUGGAGUCGCCCUGAAAAAACAUCUGCCCUUUUUGAAACCUAAAAUAAAUGGACUGAAUGGGAAGAUUCCCUCUGCUGCUGUAGGCUUCUCUCGGUACGAUGAUACUCGCAGAUCUGACACGAACCAGCACAAAAAAUGAAAUAUUAUGAAGCACUGGUGUAGAAAAAAAAAGAAACUAGAUUGACUUUUCUAUUGUCCAGCUCUUUCCUGUCUGUGGAAC